UCCGGUGCAGAUCUGGAGGUGGCUAAACGAUAUGAAGAGCUCUUUGCACCCUGGCAGGAAAAUACAUGUGGUUGCUUGUAUCCCUGGCACAAAGUACCCUUUGCUCCCCUUACUGCCAAGAUGUCUAGGGUGGGGAAACGCAAGGGAGAGGCCGCUGGCACAAGAUGGCACUGUGUGGAAGUGAAAGCAACAGGACCAGAAGUAAGAAACAAGUGGGAGGGAAAAGAAAGGGAGGAAGUUUCCCCUGUAGUCGCAGCUGGAUCUCCUCCUGUGCCAGGUGACGCCCAGCGCCACCCCAGCCUGCUCGACGCCUUGCUUUUCCUCUCUCUGCUGCAGGGAGAGGAUGGAAACACAACUAGAGGGGAACAAAUGAAUGCCUACCACACCAUAGCUCUAUACCAGGCCCAAUUUCCUCCUUCCCCCUCCUUUUAACGUUCUUGAGGCCAACUUGAGGUGGUUGGAAACUACGCUUCCUUCUAGCUCUCCCCUCCCCCAGCUUCUAAGGCCAGAACUAGCUGCUCUUACUCCUUCUCUUUCCCAACGUGCGGGCCAGGGAAUCCCGGUUUGCUUUUCUCGGCUCUCUCUGGGUUGGUCUGUCUGUUUGUCUGACUGACACACGUCCAGCAUCCGGCUGCUCUUCUACCUUCUCUCUCUCUCGCUUCCCCUAACUCUGCUUCCCCAAUCCUUCCCUUGUUCGCGAGGUCCUCCUUUUCUACCCCGGAACCCCAUUUGCCCACACCCUCCUUUCCCUCCCGCCGACUUCUCCCAGCCACCUAGUUAGCGCGAGGCCGAACUCCAGAGCGCAGGCGAACUCGCCCAUUAGCUGUCCUUCGACGCGCACGCGCGGGCUCUUGCGGGAACGAGCCCGGCCGAGGUGGGAGGGAGGUGGGGGAGGCACGCGCGCGUCCGCUCGCUCACAGCCUCUCUUUCGCUUCUCUCUCUAUCGGCCCUCGCUCCUGGAAGCGGAGGCAGGAGUUCUUAGCGCGGCGCUGGAGAAGCUUGGGGGAGAGGAGGACGAGGAGGAAGAGGAAGAGUCUGAGGAGGGGUGGAGGUGACGACGGCGAUGGGCUCCCUUUUUCCUGCUGCGCUCGCCUGAGAGGGAGCUCGAAAGGACAUAGCCUGCGCUGUGGAGAGGGAGCGUGGAGCGGACUGGGAGCGGCCUCGGCUGAGGGCGCCCGCCUGGACCCUUAGGCGCCGGGCUCGGGAGACGCGUCUGGCCCUUCCUCCCUCCCCCUCCCCCCCCCCCCCCGCCUCCUCCUCUCUAGCUCUAGGUUUGGCCAGCCUGGGAACGGGGACACGAACUGGGACAGGCCUGGGGGGUUUGGGGGUGUGGACGGAGCCAGACUUGUAGCUGCUGUCCCUGGAGCGGGACAGAACCUGGGGAUGUGACGGGCCAUCAGAGAGAGAUAGAGGUGGACCCCAUCACAGCUGUCCCAACCGCAGGACCCCCCUCUGCCAAACCCCCUAGGAGGGGAGGGGUCGGCCAGCCCCUCCCCUCCCUCCGCUCCUCUCCCCUAGGUCCUUCCUGUCCUACCUCCCUUUCUCGAGGCGGAGGACCGAGUGACAGGCGGACCCACGGAAACAGGCAGCCAGCUGGAGACUGCGGGAUACAGAAGUAGAAAGAAAGAGAUGUGAACUGUUUCUCUUGGGCAGAGGAGGCCCUUCCCUCUUUUUUUUAACCCAAGACGGCAAAUGCACUAAAGGAAAUUCAGUACUGGAAUGGCUUGCCUCACCAUGACAGAAAUGGAGGGAUCUGCCACAUCUUCUACCCACCAAAAUGGAGAUAUUCCUGGAAAUGAGGAUACUUUGAAGCAGACAGAGCCAGUUCUUCAGGUCUAUCUUUACCACUCUCUUGGAAAGACUGAGGGAGAUUAUCUGCGGUUUCCAAUUGGGGAAUAUAUUGCUGAGGAAAUUUGUAUUGCUGCUUGUAAAGCUUGUGGCAUCACGCCUGUAUAUCAUAAUAUGUUUGCUUUAAUGAGUGAAGCUGAGAGGAUCUGGUAUCCUCCCAAUCAUGUCUUCCAUGUAGAUGAGGCAACCAGGUACAAUGUACUCUACCGAAUAAGGUUUUAUUUUCCUCAUUGGUAUUGUAAUGGAAGUAAUAGAACCUAUCGGUAUGGAAUAUCUCGAGGUACAGAGACCCCUCUUCUUGAUGAUUUUGUCAUGUCUUACCUUUUUGCUCAGUGGCGGGAGGAUUUUGUGCAUGGAUGGAUCAAAGUGCCUGUGACUCAUGAAACACAGGAAGAAUGUCUUGGGAUGGCUGUUCUAGAUAUUAUGAGAAUAGCUAAAGAAAAUGAUCAGACCCCACUGGCUGUCUAUAACUCUACCAGCUACAAGACCUUUUUACCAAAAUGUGUUCGAGCAAAGAUCCAAGAUUAUCAUAUUUUGACUCGAAAGCGAAUAAGGUACAGAUUCCGCAGAUUUAUUCAACAGUUCAGCCAAUGCAAAGCUACUGCCAGAAACUUGAAACUUAAAUAUCUUAUAAAUCUGGAAACUCUUCAGUCUGCCUUCUACUCAGAACAAUUUGAAGUAAAAGAACCUGGCAGAGGUCCUUCAGGUGAGGAGAUUUUUGCAACCAUUAUAAUAACUGGAAACGGUGGAAUUCAGUGGUCACGAGGGAAACAUAAAGACAGUGAGACUCUGACAGAACAGGACUUACAGAUGUACUGUGACUUUCCUGAUAUUAUUGAUGUCAGCAUUAAACAAGCAAAUCAAGAAGGUUCAAAUGAGAAUAGAGUGGUGACUAUUCAUAAACAAGAUGGCAAGAAUUUGGAAAUUGAAUUUCACUCAUUGAGAGAAGCUCUGUCUUUUGUAUCAUUAAUUGAUGGAUACUAUAGAUUAAUAGCAGAUGCACACCAUUACCUCUGUAAAGAAGUAGCACCCCCAACAGUCCUUGAAAAUAUCCAAAGCAACUGUCAUGGCCCAAUUUCGAUGGAUUUUGCCACAAGUAAACUGAAGAAAGCAGGUAAUCAGACUGGCCUCUAUGUCCUUCGACGUAGCCCUAAGGACUUUAAUACAUACUUCCUCACUUUUGCUAUUGAGCGAGAAAGUACCACUGAUUAUAAGCACUGUUUGAUUACAAAAAAUGAGAAUGGGGAAUUCAACCUUAGUGGGACUAAGAAGAACUUCACUAAUCUUAAGGAUCUUUUGAAUUGCUACCAAAUGGAAACUGUCCGCUCAGAUAGCAUUAUUUUCCAGUUUACCAAGUGCUGCCCUCCAAAGCCCAAAGAUAAAUCGAAUCUUCUAGUCUUCAGGAGUAAUGGUAUUUCUGAUGUCCCCACAUCACCAACAUUGCAGAGACACAAUAAUGUGAACCAAAUGGUAUUUCAUAAAAUCAGAAAUGAAGAUUUAAUAUUUAAUGAAAGUCUUGGGCAAGGCACUUUUACCAAGAUUUUUAAAGGUGUAAGAAGAGAAAUAGGAGACUAUGGCCAGCUCCAUGAAACAGAAGUCCUUUUAAAAGUUUUGGAUAAAGCACAUAGAAAUUAUUCAGAGUCUUUUUUUGAAGCAGCAAGCAUGAUGAGCCAGCUUUCUUACAAGCAUCUGGUUUUAAAUUAUGGGGUCUGUGUCUGUGGAGAAGAGAAUAUUCUUGUUCAAGAAUUUGUGAAAUUUGGAUCAUUAGACACAUACCUGAAAAAGAACAAAAAUUCUAUAAAUAUAUUAUGGAAGCUUGAAGUAGCCAAACAAUUGGCAUGGGCCAUGCAUUUUCUUGAAGAAAAAAGCCUCACUCAUGGUAAUGUGUGUACUAAGAACAUUUUACUGAUCAGAGAAGAGGACAGAAAGACAGGCAACCCUCCUUUCAUCAAACUCAGUGAUCCUGGCAUUAGUAUUACAGUACUGCCAAAAGACAUUCUUCAGGAGAGAAUACCAUGGGUUCCACCUGAAUGUAUUGAAAAUGCUAAAAACCUAAGUUUGGCAGCAGAUAAAUGGAGUUUUGGUACCACUUUGUGGGAAAUCUGCAGUGGAGGAGACAAACCUCUGAGUGCAUUAGAUUCUCAAAGAAAACUGCAGUUCUAUGAAGAUAGACAUCAGCUCCCCGCACCAAAGUGGACAGAACUGGCAAAUCUUAUCAAUAACUGUAUGGAUUAUGAGCCAGAUUUCAGGCCUUCUUUCCGGGCCAUCAUACGAGACCUUAACAGUUUAUUCACUCCAGAUUAUGAACUACUAACAGAAAAUGACAUGUUGCCAAAUAUGAGAAAUGGUGCCCUAGGAUUUUCUUAUGCUUUUGAAGAUAGAGAUCCCACACAAUUUGAAGAGAGACACCUCAAAUUCCUACAGCAACUUGGCAAGGGUAAUUUUGGGAGUGUGGAAAUGUGCCGAUAUGACCCCCUGCAAGACAACACUGGUGAAGUGGUGGCUGUGAAAAAGUUACAACACAGUACUGAGGAACACCUGAGAGACUUUGAAAGAGAAAUUGAAAUUCUUAAAUCUUUGCAACAUGACAACAUUGUCAAAUACAAAGGAGUAUGCUACAGUGCUGGCCGUCGUAAUCUGAGAUUAAUUAUGGAAUAUUUACCUUAUGGAAGUUUACGUGAUUAUCUCCAGAAACAUAAGGAAAGGCUGGAUCAUAAGAAACUUCUGCAGUACACUUCUCAGAUCUGCAAGGGAAUGGAAUAUCUUGGUACAAAAAGAUAUAUCCAUAGAGAUCUGGCCACAAGAAAUAUUUUGGUGGAGAAUGAGAAUAGAGUUAAAAUUGGAGAUUUUGGAUUGACAAAAGUCUUGCCACAAGACAAAGAAUACUACAAAGUGAAAGAACCUGGUGAAAGCCCCAUAUUCUGGUAUGCUCCAGAAUCUCUCACAGAAAGCAAGUUCUCUGUAGCCUCAGAUGUAUGGAGUUUUGGAGUAGUUCUGUAUGAACUUUUCACAUAUAUUGAGAAAAGCAAAAGCCCACCAGCGGAAUUUAUGCGUAUGAUUGGCAAUGACAAACAAGGGCAAAUGAUUGUAUUCCAUCUAAUAGAACUUUUGAAAAAUAAUGGAAGAUUGCCAAGACCGGAUGGAUGUCCUGAUGAGAUUUAUUCUAUCAUGACAGAAUGUUGGAACAAUAAUGUAAGCUUACGUCCAGCCUUUAGGGACCUUGCACUUCGAGUGGAUCAGAUAAGAGAUGACAUGGGUGGAUGAAAGAACAGAACUUCAUUUUAAUACUACAGAAUUAAAUUUUGCCCUUCAGAACUAUUCUCACACUGGUCAUGGUGAUGAACAGAACAGAAAUGCAAAUAUCUCAUUAGAACUUGCAAUUGCAAACCUCUCAUCAAAACUUGCAGACUUCAUCAAAUGUUUGUUUUCUCCAUGAAGGUGUAUUUGCUCCUUGAGAACAUGUCAAUGAAAUCCAUUAAUAGGGAAUUUUCUUUGUAUCAAGAUAGUGAAAAUAUUCCUGGGUGUAGUCAGUGUCACUUGACAAAGCAAAAAAAAAGAAAGAAAAAGACUUCUUUCUUGACUCAGUUAAAUUUUUGAAAGGUGAAAACAUUUAAUGCUUUUUUUCUUUUUGCAAAGUUAAAGAUGCAGAGAAUAUAUUUGUAUGGUCAUUUCCGUAGUGAAUGUUUAAAGAACUUUGCCUCUUGUGUAAUGUUUUACACAAAGGUUUACAAUCAUUGUUUUCUAAUUUUCCAGUGUUGUUCCACAUGUUUGCUUCACAUUAGAACCAAAAUAAGAUGUUUAGAUUACUUAAUAAGUAACUAUUUGUGUGCCUGUUCAGCUCUGUCAUUGGCCAGAAAUAUAAGCAGGUGUGCACUUUUAGCAUGUUGUUUUGUGUAUUGUAAAUAUUUUUCAAGGCAAAGGGAACAAGCAUAUAGUUUUACUUGUACAGGAUAACCUCAGUCCCUUCCCACCCGCUUAAGAAUACAUUUUGAAAUGGAACAAGCAUACAAAGAUAUAGCACAAUAUAUUUUCCUACUUCGUUUUCUUGUAUCAGUUGUGGUGGAAGCAUAUAUUAAAUAGAAUUCCCUCUAUGUGUAUUUUUUGGCAUGAUUGAACAACAAGAUGUACUUGAAGCUUCUUCACACUGAAUAGUAGUCUUAUUUUAAGACUUUUUUGAGAAUAAGAAUAUUUUCAUCCCCUGAGUUAUUCUAUUCAGUAUGUUCCUUCACUCUUGGAAAUAUGACACUCUUAAACUGAAUGAGUGAAGGAAACAAACACAUAAAUAGCUUUCUAACCUGAAAUUGUAUCAACCUACUUAUAGGUUAUGGAAUGGGUUGGGAAGACAACCAAGAAAAAUUCAAUUCUUGGUCCACCUUUUAUUUCCUAAAUAUAUUUGUAUUUCUUGAAGACUAUAUUUAAGGGGUAGUAAAAUUUCUUUUUUCUAGACUGUAAGAUGAUUUCCUAUCUGUUAGAGAUUUUCAUCUUACACAAUACAAAAGUAAAUUGAAAAUAGUGAAAGCAGGCAGUUUCUAUUUCUAGUUUUUAAAAGACAGUUUGAGAACAUUAAGAAUAUACAUUUUUAUUGUGAUAUAUUGAAUUCAAAAAAUUUCAAAACAGAUACAAUUCAUAUAUCCUGUUCAAAGAAAUUUUGGUUACUGCAUUCUAGAUAUUGCAUUUUAAUAAUAUUUUGGGCUCAUUUGCACAAAGUUUAAAGCAUGUAGGAUCUUGCCUCAAAAUAAUAGCACAUUCUUAGUUGAAAAAGUUGCCUUUUCUUUUUAACCACGCACCUUUCUUCAAAACAAGCCCCAUUAUCAUUUUUUUCUAAAUACUCCUUUGGAGCUUACUUAAAUCAGAAACUUAAAUGGUGUUUUUAAAUUUUUCAUUUAUAAAAGAAUUAGCCUAUAUAGUUUUUCCUAUUUUUUUUUAAAUUACACAAUACCAUCAUAUCUUUAAAAAAAAUUUAGCUAGGCUAUUGAAUGCAGAAGUAAUAUAAAAGGACAAAAUAUUAUAUUUGUAAUAAGAUUUAUAAUGUAUAUUUUAGAGAAAGCUGAAUAUAAUUUCUGUUUAUUUAAAAAAAUCUCAGGGAUGUCUGUAUCAUAAUGCAAUUAUGAAAUCUUCCAUACUGCUAAUUUUCAAGUGAAAGGUAAGCCCUUAUUUUGUUUUAAUACAGUAUGCUUGUUUUGUACCUGAUACUAAAACUCAGGUACUAGAGGAGAUGAUGAUUCUUCUAAUGCUAUAACAUUUUGUUUUAUGCUUUUUUUAAAGGGUAUUAGCUAGCUUUUUUUUUUAACUUUUAUAAUGUUUAAAUUUUAAGUAUUAGAUAAAGGAGUGCAAUUCAAGCCAACACCCUUUAUUGUAUUAGAGAAAGACAAUUUACCUACUGAAAAACUCCAGGUUGAUGUUUUGUUUUGUUUUUUAUUGAGGAUUUGUAUUAUGAUUUUUUUUUUAUUCUGACCAUGCAUAGAAAUGACAGUUUCCCAGAACUUUGUAACUUUUGUUUAAUGGUUGUAUACAAGAAACAGGUAAGUAACCUCUACCCUUGUUCAUGCCAAACAUAAUCCCCUCAAAUAAAGGCACUUCAGAACUAGAAGUCUUGUUAAGAUUUUCAACAAUUCUGUAAAUACUCCAGUUUACUUGUUUACUUCUUACAAUCUUUGCAUUAAUAGAGAAACAAAUUUCUUUCCUCAGUUGCCAUUUGCUUUGGGAAAAUAACUUUUUCCACAUUAUUUAUAUAUGCUAUCAAAAGCUCUAUGAUUUGCUGUAUAAAAGUUUGCUUUACCUCUACAUACCUAACCAACUAUUAUGAAGUUACAGGAAACUUUUUAUCGCAACUACAGAUUUUCUGAUGCUCCAAAGCUAUUUUCAUAAUAUAUUGUUCAUUAUAAAACCCUACAAUUGCACAUUUGUGCUUUUCUCCCCAUAAAGUACCAUUUUGAGGUAUUUUUAUUAAUUGGUGCAAUUUGUUUUCUCAGAAUUUAAUCUUCUACACGUUCCCUAAAGUUGUAAACAUCAUUCAUGUAGUAAGUGAUAUAGACAUGACUUUCCACUGCAUGGAAGUGGGGAAACUCAUUCAUUGACUUGGGUGUUGGCAAAUCAUAGUUAUUAAUAGGGGAAACUCACCUUCUGGUUUAGGUAUAGAUAGAUCAAAGUAUCUAUUAAAUGCUUCCAUAGCUCUCUGACACCAAUCACUGUACUAUCUUCCUGAACAUUGCUGUACCCAACUUAGUUCAAACUAUUAAAAUUAUUUUUUAAAAUGAA